CAAUUACAAAUGUGGCAUUGAGAAUCUCCCAGCAGCGGUGAUUGCGGGGCCAAACAAUGACUAUUGCCUUCACAUGUCAACAAUCCUGUAUAUAUACAAGAUGUCACAACUCAUCUUUGGAUCAUCUCCUGUGGUGAAUAAGGAAGUACAAAGCCAUUUCUUCCACCGCAUGUUCCCAAACAUUGGUUAUCAGUAUGAAGGGCUUGUCCAGUUACUCUUGCAUUUCAACUGGAUAUGGAUUGGUGUAGUUACUAUGGAUGAUGAUACUGGAGAGGGAUUUGUACAAAACGUUCUUCCUACAUUUGCUCAGAAAGGAAUUUGCUUCCAAUUUGUAGCAAAGUUGCCCCAAAUUGCCUUUUCUGAUGGAAUUCAGAAAUUAAUAAAUGAAUUUGAUGAAAUGAUUAAGAUUAUUGCUGGAAGUACUGCCAGUGUGGUGGUUGUGCAUGGCGAAAUUCAUAGCGUUAUGGUAAUAAGAUUCAUGGAAAAUAUUGCACAAUUGACUGAUACACCCCUGCAAAGCAGCCCAAAAGUUUGGAUUAUGACAGCUCAGAUGGAGUUUUCUUCACUCUCUUCUCAUAGACGCAUGAGUAUGCAUUUCCUUCAUGGGGCUCUAUCCUUUGCAGUUCAUUCAAAGGAACCUUCAGGAUUCAAACAGUUUCUACAGAUACGAAACCCUGCCUUAGAAAAAGAAGACAAGUUUUUGUGGGCUUUCUGGGAAGAGGCAUUUAACUGUUUUUUAUCUGAUCAUUUGUUGGGUGAGGAAGAUAAGCCACCCUGCACUUGGAAGGAGAAGUUCGAGACUCUUCCUGUGUCUGUUUUUGAAAUGAGCAUGACCAGCCAUAGCUACAGUGUCUACAAUGCUGUCUAUGCAGUUGCACAUGCUUUGCAGGCCAUGUAUUCAUCCAAAUUCAAGCACAAUUCAGUGCUGAAUGGCAGAAGAAAGGAACUUUGGAAUAGACACCCAUGGCAGAUCCACCACUUUCUGAGAAGAGUUGCAUUUAAUAACAGUGCUGGGGAAGAGGUUUCCUUCAAUCAAAAUGGGGAAAUAUUAACACAAUUCGAUAUUAUCAACUGGAUCACAUUCCCAAAUAGAACUUUUGCUAGAAUGAAAGUUGGGACAAUGAAUCCCCACGGUCCUGUAGACAAGAUGUUCACCAUUCAAGAUGAUGCCAUUACAUGGCCCAGACUCUUCAAUCAAACAUUACCUGUCUCUAGGUGUAAUGAUAAAUGCCGGUUGGGAUUUAGUAAAAGAAAGAAGGAAGGAGAACAGUUUUGCUGUUAUAAUUGCUUUCCAUGUCCAGAGGGCAAGAUUUCCAACCAGACAGACACGGAUGCAUGCUUUGAAUGCCCUGGAUAUCAGUAUCCAAACGAUGACAAGGAUGGAUGUCUCCCCAAAGGUAUUACCUUCUUGUCCUUUGGAGAACCCUUGGGGAUCAUUUUAACUGUGUUUGCUCUCAAAUUUUCUCUCAUCACAAUCUUCAUUCUGGGCAUCUUCAUGAAGUACAAGGACACUCCCAUUGUCAAAGCGAACAAUAAGAACCUCACCUACAUUCUCCUGACUUCCCUCCUGCUUUCCUUCCUUUGUACUCUGCUAUUCUUUGGCCGACCUGGAAAGGUGGUAUGCCUCCUUCAACAAGCUGCUUUCGGCAUGAUUUUCUCAGUGGCGCUGUCUUCCAUUUUGGCCAAAACCAUCACCGUCAUUCUAGCUUUUAUCGCCACCAAGCCAGGUUCCAGGAUAAGGCAAUGGAUGGGGAAGAGAUUGACAUAUUCCAUUGUUGUUUCUUGCUCCCUUUUUCAAGCUACUAUUUGUAGCAUCUGGCUGAUCACCUCUCCUCCAUUCCCAGACCUUGACAUGUACUCAGUGACUCAAACAAUUGUACUCAAAUGCAAUGAAGGUUCAGGCGGUAUGCUUUAUGCUCUUUUGGGUUUCAUGGGUUUCCUCGCUCUUGUCAGCCUCACUUUGGCUUUCUUAGCCCGGAAGUUACCCGACAGUUUUAAUGAGGCCAAGUUUAUCACCUUCAGCAUGUUGGUCUUUUGCAGUGUUUGGCUGUGCUUCAUUCCAACAUACCUGAGCACGAAGGGCAAAAAUAUGGUGGUUGUGGAGAUUUUCUCUGUCUUGACUUCCAGUUUUGGUUUAUUGGGCUGUAUCUUUGCACCAAAAUGCUACAUUAUUUUAGUGAAGCCUGAGCUGAACAUGAAGGAGCAACUAAUAAAAAGAAGAAAUUAA